AUGUCCCAACAAGAGAAUACUCCAUCAUCACAAGAAAACACAACCAAGACAAUAUGGUUGGAUGGUUGUUUUGAUAUGAUGCACUUUGGUCAUGCCAAUGUUAUUAGACAAGCUUAUAAUUUAUUCCCAAAUGUUAAACUUCUUGUUGGUGUUCACUCCGAUGAAGAAAUUUUGAGACACAAAGGUCCAACUAUUAUGAAGGCUAAUGAACGUUAUGAACACGUUAGAAGUUGUAAAUGGGUUGAUGGUGUUAUUGAAGAUGCUCCAUACGUAACCGAUCUUGAAAUGUUAAAAAAGUAUAAUGUUGAUUAUUGUGUCCAUGGUGAUGACAUUUCCUUUGAUGAAAAUGGAGAAGAUUCAUACAAGGCUAUUAGACAAGCUGGUUUGAUGAUGAUUGUACCAAGAACUGAAGGUGUUAGUACAACUGAUAUUAUCGGAAGAAUGUUAAAACUUUCAAAAUAUAGAGAAUUAGUUGCUCAAGGAAUUGACCCAAGUGGCAUUGAAGAAUUAAAGCCACAAAGUGAAGUUGAUCAAACUUGCAUUUCUCCAUACACUCGUACUAGACAACAUUAUCCAUCAGUUAACCAAAUUAAUCAAUUUGCUGCCAAGACUUCUCCACCUCCACCAGGUGCCAAGAUUGUCUAUGUUGAUGGUGCUUUUGAUAUGUUCCACACUGGUCACAUUGAAUUUUUGAAGGCUGCUAAAAAGCUUGGUGAUUACCUCAUUGUUGGUUUGCAUGAAGAUAAGGUCAUUUCACAAUUUAAGGGCCCACAUCACCCAAUUAUGAAUAUUCAUGAAAGAUUAUUGAGUGUAUUGUCUUGUAGAUAUGUUGAUGAUGUCAUUAUUGGAGCUCCAUUCAUUGUCACACAAGAUUUGGUUGAUGUUAUGAAGAUUAAUAUUGUAGUUUCUGGAACUGUUUUGGAACCUGAAGUUAAGGUUGAUCCAUAUGAAUUGCCAAAGAAGCUUGGUAUUUAUCAUCAAAUUGAAUCACCAUGUAAAGAAUUGACCACAACAAAUAUUAUUAACAGAAUUAUUGAUAAUGCUAAGAGAUAUGAAGAAAGAAAUGCUAAGAAGCAAGCUAAGGAAGUUCAAGGUAUUGCCAAUUUGAACAAUUAA